AUGGAGACACCUAGACAAGCAUGUUGGCUUAUUAGGAAAAUCUUUGAUUCAAGGAAGUGGUAUGGGGGAAAUGACUUGUGUGAAGAUCUACAACAACUCACUAAUGCUGGCAAGUUCAUGAUCAAGAAGCUGGCACUUCAAAGGAGACUUAGUACAGCAGACAGAAUGGCUAAAUGGGGAAUUCAAGUCCCUAUGAACUGUGUACUAUGCAAUGCUGAUACUGAAGAAACUCACACUCACUUGUUCUUUGAAUGUGAUUACUCCAGAAAAAUGUGGAGCUCUUUCUUACGAUGGAUAGGAGACAACAGGCAAGUAGGGACCUGGGAAGAGGAGAUUGAGAGAUUAACAACCAAGCAAUGCAACAGCAGAGCACAUGCAGAGGUGCUAGGAUGGCUAUUAGCUGCUACUGUCUACCAUGUUUGGAAUGAACGCAAUGCGAGAAGAUUUCAAGAACAGCAGCAGGAAUGUGCAUCAAGACUAAGAGAGAUUACCAUUCAAUUACAUAGGAAAGGACAAUUUAGAAGCAAUUGGAAUAGAUUACUUGAUAGUUUGAACUCAUACCCAAGUCUAGUAUAG